UUAAAAAAAAAAACAAGGUUUAAGGAUCAUUUUUGUUUACGACACUAGAUUUCAAAGAUAUUAUUUGGCCUGCCGUGCUGAAUCGUUCCACACAUAAAAGGCAUGUGACAGGCACACAUAUAAAUUUGUUGGCCAUUUUUUUUAAACUUACGUGUCCGAUGAACAACCCUAAAGAAACUUUGUAAAGAAGAUAAUAUUACUGUCAAUUAUUAAUAUAACUAUCAAUUAGUAAAAUCCACUUUCCAAAAAAAGAAAAGAAUAAAAAAACAUCGAUAGUGCUGGCCAGGUGUUUUUAUAAAACAUUGAUGUAUCGAUAUUACCAUCGAUGUUACUUCCAGCUCUAAUGUAUGCAUGUAGCUUUCCUAUAGCAAGUAAAAAGUUGUUUUCAAUGCAGGAGGUGCAUGUCGUUGAAGAGAUUAAGACGGAGGAGGACAAGCCGAAGAGGCAGUCGUCGAUAGAGAAGCUUAAAUUAAAGCGCCGUCUAAUUGCUUUGGUAGCCAAACAGGACGCUCUCUAUGAUGCCAGACAUCACCGCUUUUUUGACGACUCGUACAAGAAUGAAUUGUGGCAGGACAUAGCCCAAGAAUUGUCCCUCGAUCUGACCGAAUGCCUUAGCACUUGGGCAAAGGUUCGGUAUAAAUAUCAAAACCAUGUGCGCUGCUUGCGCAAUUAUCGACGGACAAUCGGUCAAAACAGUGGCGCCAAACGGCGUCGUCGUCCGGUCAUGAUCCUUGAGGAGGAUUUGAUGUUUCUAUACGAGCAUGUCGCAAAAUUGAAACUGAAACCACAGCGUUUACCCAAAAUCCGUGUUGAGAGUUUGGAAAAAGACAGCCUGGAGUCGGCAGGUGAAAUUAUUGAUGUCGAUUUGUUUGCCGACGAGGACGUCUCUAAGUUCCCGUGCAUCAACGAAUAUCGGCGCCUCAUUGAGGCGGUGAAACCCUAUCCGCAACUCUACGAUGUUGAUCACACGGACUAUAAUAAUUAUAGACAUCGUGGCCUUAUCUGGCUCGCAAUUUCAAAUGAAUUGCGCGAUAGAGCUACCAAGCUAAUGAAACUGUGGCUCUACCUUCAAACACGCUACGAAUGGGAGCUGAUUAGCACUGGGGACAGACUGCAGCACUCGGAGCUGGGACAUAUGCUCUCCUUCCUUGGCCCCCACGUCAUUCGGAAUCCUAGCACUGUGUGCAAAUCCUCGCUGUAUUUGCAGAAUGACUGGUUUGAUCCCAUCCAAAAUUUUCCCACUAUUUUAAUUCUGAUCGAUACAAUAAAAGGCUUGCCCGAAUUGGUGCAAUUUGUGCAAUCGAAUGUGUCCCCAUCCAAAAAAGGGCCGCGCUAUCAUGUCCUCUGGAUGAAGGUCGCCAGCCUGGUGAAAAGCAGUUGUCAGAGUUGUGAGGUCACCUGGCUAACAUUUCAUUGCUUAUUUCAAGAGCUUUCUGAAAUGCGUAAAUGUGGCUAUUUGCUAAAGGAUAAAUGGUAUUUCGAAGACGUCAUCGGCUCCAUGAACGAGCAGAUAUUACCAUCGCCUCUACCAUUCGCCAUAGUAUAUCCGCCGACAGCCAAGACCAAGAUUGAUUCCAACUCCAAUCCCAAUACAACAUCAUCAUCAGUAUUGGUCAGAAGCACAAGCUCCAUUUCGAGCCCUCUAGUAUAUAAGCAGGCUACGUCAUUGACCACUUCUCUGGCUUCGCCUAAUUUACCCUCUCUGGGCACCGCAUCGACCAGAAAUGGAAACCAGGUGACAGUGCGUAUUCUUCAGUGCAGCUCCAGUGUGGCAUCAUCUGCCUUGCUUGUCCCUUCUGCAAAAGAGACAAAAUUGGUGGGAAAUACCAUUCUUCAUAAUAAAGUGUCUGUAAUCAAGCUAAAUCCAACCUCAGUGAAGAUCGCAACCACAACCUUGUCCUCUGCUAGACCAUUACCUAUACUAUCACUGAAUGUUCCACUAAAGAAAAAUCAUGAAAGCGCUUUAAAUAUUAGAUCAAAUACAGCUGCUCCAGCCGCUACUGAGAAAACUCCAAAUGAUUUGAAAGUGGAACUUGUAGAGAAUCUCGAUAAAGCCAGUUCCUUGCAUGUUUGGAGUAAAACUCUCGCCUUUCAUUACCAACUGAGUAUGGGAUGCACUGCGUUGUUUAUUCGUGAGAUAAUGGCCAUACCGCAGCUCCACAGCAAGAAUCCACAACUAUUAUCGAAAAAUUGUGACUUUUGGCAGCAGAUUUCCGACAAAUUCCAUGUACCUGAGGCUGCCUGUCGUGCCUGUUGGAGUUUUCUGGUGAAAAAUAUGUCGCUAUUUCCCCACAUUGCUCCUAUGUCGGACCUAAUGUGUCCAAUUGGACCCAAUAAUAAGAUAUGGCAGAAAUCGCAUUAUCUGUUUAGUGAACUCAAUGAAAUAGCAAGUAAAAAUCAAUGGAUCAAACACAAGGAUAAACUGCCUGCUCUAUUACAGCAUUUUGGACAUUACGAUCACCUCUAUUGUGAUUUGCGGAAGCCACGUCCCGGCGAGUCACUUCGGACUCCUCACAAAUGCAGUGAACAAGAACGUCAGGCAAUAUGGCGAUCAGUUAGUGAAAAGUUUCCCAACAUGAAUUGCCGUGAAAUCUGCUUAACUUUCAAGUCGACUUUUCUCACUUAUAUGGAAGAUCUUGAGCGGGGUGUUGAGAAUCCUUGGCCACAAGACUGGUGGCAGUCGCUGGAGCAGUUAAAAUUUCUUGUCUCGGUGCGUUAUCAUCCAUUGGAACCAUUCUACUAUAUUGUCCAUAGAAAAUUUCAGGAGGAAGUGAUACGAUGCAACCUCCACGAGUUGUUAAAAAGCGACUUAAUGGAUAAGGAGAAUGCAAUUCAAUCAAACACAUCGGAGCGUUUUAUCAUGCCUUGGGAAUCAAAAGAGGCCAAACGUCUACUAACCGGUCGGCUGAUUGCCACAUCAUUAUCAUCCACGAAAGACAGGGAUUGGCCCCCACUUUCGCUGCCCGAGAUUCAUGGCCCUGUUCCACCAACCUCCAAAAAUUCAAUGCGACAUGCGCAGGGCCCUUCGGGAAUAUUGCCCACAAUUAGUCCUUUCCAGCUGACACGUGAGCUACUUAAUUAUCCCUAUACCUUCAGGGGAGCCUCCACAAUGAAACAGCGUGCGGCUUGGGUGAGAGUUGCCAACAAUCUUUAUACCACAGUUCGUGAAUGCCGUCUAAGUUUGCAGCAUGCUAUCCGCCAGCAGCGUAUUCUAAGUGUGCUCGAUCCUGAAUGUCGCUGUCUUCUGAAUCAGAAAUAUUAUUGCCAUAUGAGGGAAAUCUAUAGUCAGAUGAGCCCAGAGGGCACACCUCCUACCGAUCUCAAUAGGCCGCUGCCUGACACUGGAGUCCCAAUUUAUCCAGAACAUUAUAUACCCGAGAUCAAUAUGAUGACCUGCAAGCCCAGAUUGGUUCUCAAGAAUUUGACCUUUGCCAUGGAAAACUUUAGUUCUUCCGUCCAAGAAGAACUUCAACUAAAACUGGCGCAGAUUUUUACCAGAUAUGCUGAAGAAGCACGUCUAAACUGGCCAAUGAAGGCACCAAUAGAGCAUUUAAAUAAUGUGACUAACGAUUGAAGUCAAAAACGGAUCCUUGAUGGAACCUUAAUAGAUCUAAGAAUCCUAUAUUUAAUAACCACAUAGCUAUGGAUACCGAAAUGUUUUGUUUUUUGUUCUUUUAUUUUUACCUCUAUUUUUGCCAAAAAUAGCAUGCUUAAAGUUUAACGUUUAAGAGAAUUGAAUCUUACUUCAUUUAAUUUUUAAAAUGCCUUAUUUGUGUAUGAAAAAAAAAAAGUUAAUUCGUCUUUAAUACUUUAUUUGAACCAAAUUUAAUGCAAACUGUUUGAGUAUUUUUAAAGUAUUUUUCAGUAUAUCCUUCUUGUCAAAUAAAAUGAUUGGCUUUUUAUUCA